GCACCCCCGGGGGGCCUGGCCGUGGCCAGCGGCUCCGGCAGCAAGAAGUUCCCGCAGGCCAUCAUCGUCGGCGUGAAGAAGGGCGGCACCCGCGCCCUCCUCGAGUUCCUCCGCGUCCACCCCGACGUGCGCGCCGUCGGCGCCGAGCCCCACUUCUUCGACCGCUGCUACGAGAAGGGGCUGCUCUGGUACAGAAACCUGAUGCCGAGGACACUCGAGGGGCAGAUCACCAUGGAGAAGACGCCAAGCUACUUUGUGACGAAGGAAGCCCCCCGGCGCAUCUACAACAUGUCCAAGGACACCAAGCUUAUCGUGGUGGUGCGCAACCCGGUGACGCGGGCCAUCUCAGACUAUACACAGACCCUGUCCAAAAACCCCACUAUCCCCACCUUCCAAGCAUUGGCCUUCAAGAACCUCAGCACCGGCCUCAUCGACACCACCUGGAGCGCCGUGCGGAUCGGCAUUUACGCCAAGCACCUCGACAACUGGCUGAGGUACUUCCCGCUCUCGAAAUUUCUCUUUGUCAGCGGGGAGAGACUGGUGAGCGACCCAGCUGGGGAGAUGGGCCGCGUCCAGGACUUCCUGGGCCUCAAGAGAGUGGUGACGGACAAGCACUUCUACUUCAACGAGACCAAGGGCUUCCCGUGCCUGAAGAAGCCAGAAGGGAGCAGCAGGCCACGGUGCCUGGGGAAGUCCAAGGGGCGGCCACAUCCCAAAAUCGACCCACAGGUUGUCCAGCGCCUUCAGGAGUUCUACCGACCCUUCAACAUGAAGUUCUAUCAGAUGACGGGGCAGGACUUUGGGUGGGACUGAUCACAAGACCGCUUCACCAAAGGUGAAGAUGGAGUCUGCUAUGGGGGGGACUGGGGGGGCAGGGCAGAUAGCCCACUUAGACCCCCCCCCAGAAAGGCCCCUUCCUUCCCUCUUGAACGCUGCAGCGUUUGCAGCUCUAGGGCAGGGCCGUUGGAUCUCCCCGGAGCAUUUCUUCCUCUUUUUAAUUUAUAUUACCUCUUCCCAGUAAGAGAAAAAAAAAAUGUACACUUAUGGAGUAGAGAGAAAAUAUUUAAGAAUUUUUUUAAAAAAGAAAACAAACAUCAAAAGAAAAGCAAAAAAACCUCAGAUCUGAUGUAACAGCAUUCAGAAUAAACCUGGCUAAUAUAGAUUAAGCACAAAAUUUCCGCACAAGCGUGUGCAGGAAAGAUGCGCAUGACGGCAAAGGAUCCAUUCCAGUCCUCUAAGUUCUUCUCUUGCGGACGCCCCCUUGAUUUCCAUUCGGGAUGGGCAGUCCCAAGCCCUGCACAGAAAUUUGGCUCAAGACCCGGCAGAAUGGGGAAAAAAAACUGGGGCCCAUGUGCAAAGCAGAACUUACUGGAUUGGGGAGCCGAGCCCCAAACCCACGGGUCGUUGUUCGGCAAGUGCCGCAUCAGAAUCUUUCCUUGCGGAGAGAAUAUUCGGGGGUGCAACGAAAUGAUGCUGGCAAGGGCAAACCUGCCACUCUUGUGUGGUCUGUGCAUAGCCAGGAGGUAUGUGAUUAGUGUCACGCGUGUAGAACAUGUGCAUGUAGCAACAUGAGAAAUCAACUUCAGCAUGCACUGAGCAUAUGCACACGAUCAAUGCGUUCUGGAAGGUUGAAGUCUGGCCAGUCUUUCAGGACCGGUGGAGAUUGACAGGUUUGUGGGAGGACAAACUGUGGUCCUUUAGUGACCUCCAUUGUCCCAGCAGAAGCAGGGCUAUGUGCAUUUUGUGAUUGCGCAGCAAACAAAAAAAAAUGGUGGGGGGAGCACAGGAUUGAUUUGAGCUGCAGAACUGAGCGCCCGGGGAAAUUUUUUAUUCCACCUUUGUUUCAAUCAAGCUUCUGGCCCGCAUGGUGAUGGGAAUCAAUUCCCCGUGCAAUCACAGAAGCCAAGGGAGUGGCAGAAUAAGGCUGCCAAAGGUGAGCGGGGCAGGGCCGACUCAGCUCCUAGUUCCUGUCCCGUAGUAAUGGAAGAAGGGUAAUUGUAUGCAAUAUAGUAGCAAUGCAGCGUCAGUUGUGCAAAUGAAUUAGCGAUUUGCAUAACCCGUGCAGAUCCCGGGAUUCAGCACGAUGCGGGAUUCUGAUGGUGUAUAAAGUAACACACAGUCCAGAAGAAGAAGAGCCCCUUUGGCCCAUGCAGUGGCUCCCGUUGCACACCAGGUGCCCAUUGCAAUUGCGCAUUGAGCACUGCUUGCUACUGAAGUGAACGGGGACACUCUUGUUUGCUCCGUGGGUGCAGUGCAAUCCACCGCAUGUUUCGAGCGGUCACUCUAGGAGAGCCUCUCUCUGUUUCAAUCCAGGGGGGUCUGCCACCGAAAAGGACAUCCCCUAGCGAAUUUUCGGGAAGAUGCAAGAUAUCCUGUUGUUAUUUUUACGAUAAAUCAGGCGAACGCUAACUCAUAUUUUUUACAAAUCUUUUUUUUCCAAAAAAAGAAAAGUUUCUGCGAAAACUUCUA